AUGCUUUUCAAUUUCAUACUCUCCGUUUCUCUACUUUGUCCAUCGGUGUUAGCAGCACCUGGGGUAGCACCUUUCUCCACCUUCUCAAAGGUUACAGUCUUCACACCUCCAUCGACCUAUACGGAUCCAAGAGUCCUCUAUGCUCGUACAGUCGAGCUUGCUGAUGGCGUUCUCCUAGCGACAUGGGAAAACUACUCACCUGAGCCGCCAUUAGUGUACUUUCCAAUUUACAGAAGUAUAGACGGAGGGGCUUCGUGGAAGGAGAUUUCUCGUGUUAAGGAUACGGUCAACAAUUGGGGCAUGCGAUAUCAACCACAUCUCUACGUUCUUUCGAAGGCUAUUGGAAAGUUCAAACCUGGUACAAUCAUAUGCUCUGGAAACUCUAUUCCAACCAACCUCAAUGCAACCAAAAUCGACGUUUACGCGAGUGAAGAUAGUGGUUAUACCUGGAAGUUCGUAUCGCACGUUGCAACUGGGGGCGCCGCUAUCCCAGACAACGGAAUCCCUGCCGUCUGGGAGCCAUUCAUCCUUGAGUUUGAAGACAAUAUUGUGUUAUACUACUCUGACCAGCGAGAUCCAAAGCACGGCCAGAAGUUAGUACACACUGUUUCGAAAGACCUUCUCAAAUGGGAUCCCAUUGUGGAAGAUGUCUCCUACUCGACUUAUACCGCGCGACCUGGUAUGACAACAAUCAUCCAACUUCCUAAUAAGAAGUAUAUGAUGACCUAUGAAUAUGGUGGCGGACCUACCAAGACUGGCACGUCAUAUUCCUUCCCAGUCUACUACCGCAUCAACAACAGCCCGUUGAAAUUCAACAGCUCUUUUGGGUAUCCUAUCAUCUCCAGCGAUGGGAUACAACCGAACGGCUCGCCUACCAUUACAUACUCCUCUGUAGGCGGGAUCAAUGGCACUAUCAUCGUCAGUUCUGGCAGCAAUUCGCAGGUUUUCGUCAACAGAGCAUUAGGCGACGUUGGUGCAUGGAAAACAGUGACCACCCCGGAAAGCAAUGCUUAUACAAGACAUGUUAGGGUUUUGAAAGAUCAGAAUCAUCUUCUUGUGAUGGGUGCCGGGAAACUUCCUCCCAGUACGACCAACAAGGUCACUGUAAGUGUCAUAGAUUUGCAGAAGGGUCUGGCCGCUGCGACGUAA